ACCCACUAAAGGUGAAGAGAGCAAAGCACAAGGAAAUACAUCAGCAGGAGACAAACACACAACUGACACUCCGACGCGGACCAACACCGUCCGAUUUGUGCAGUACUUUCAUACACACAACUUCUCUUCCUGGGAUAUGAAACCGCUCAUCCUCACCAGUCUCCUGUGCUCCGUCGUCUGCAGUGCUCUGAGUGCUCAGGGCUCUGACGCCACACACUCCAGUGGAUUGGCCGGAGUGACCGGCGGUCCGGCCUCCGGAGAGGGGGCCCUGGUGACUUUGCUGAGUGACGAUGACCAGCUGGAUGAAGACCCUUCAGGGGGCGGCAGUGAAAACUUCAGGCUUCACGAGUCACGUCUCAAUAAGGAGGGGAGGAAGGGAAGGAGAGGCAAUGGCAGGAGGGGCGGCAAGAACCGGAGCAAAGCCACGACCUCUUUCAACCCCGAGCACACGGCCCUCACCAACGGAUACACGUCGACCCUCAGCACAACGGAGGACCCGUGCGCCUCCACCCACCUGGGCUACUGUAUUCACGGUUACUGCAAGCACAUGGAGGGACUGCCGGAGCCGGUGUGCAUAUGUAUGAAAGGUUACGACGGGAGCCGCUGCGGGAUCCAAACCCUGGAGACGGGUAAAACCAGGGCGGGCGAGAGCAGCGACACUGAGUUGGUGCAGAUGGUCCUAGUCAUCAUCGCCGUGGUCCUGUCAGUCAUCAGCUGCACCGCCAUCCUGCUCAUGACCUGCGCUCAUUACAGGUCACAUAAAAACUACCUGGCGUCCUACCUGGGAACUGGGAUGGAGCAGGAGAAGUUACAGAAACCUCUGGCUGACGUCAUGGUGUGACGAGGGGGGCGUCAGGUUGACGACGAGCCUGCGGCACGGCGAAGCAGACCACAGGAGUCUGAGGACCGGACCAAGAAGUAGACUGGUAGACUGCUUCAGUAGAUGCUGUGCAAAAACCAAAACGAACACCGUCCGGAACUUGUUAGGAUCUAAUUUAUUUAGUGUUGUUAUUUAUUGCUGAUGACUGUAUGAGUGUAUGUGUGCUGGCCUACUGUUAUGAAGUGCGAUUAUGUGCGAAUGCUGAGCGUUCGGCCCUCUGAUGAUCUGUAGGUUUGGCUUUAUUUAUUGUAACCGCUGUUGUAAUAGGUCAGAGAAAUGUGCCUCGUCUCAGUCUGGACAAGAGAUGGAAUUUUGAUUGCCAAUAAAGUGUCUCAGUGUUA